AUGGAUCAGAAGCUUCCGGCCUUGGUGGAGGAGCUCACCACUUCAGGAGAGCCCCAGCUGAACCCCCAGAAAAUGAAGGAGCUGAAGAAAAUCUGCAAGUCCUCAGAGGAGCAGCUUCGCCACACCUACCACCUGCUGAUGACCCAGCUCACCCAGGAGCACGCCCAGAUCCGCCUGUCCGCCUUCCAGGCGCUGGACCAGCUCUUCGUCCGCUCACACCUGUUCCGGGUGCUGGUGGUCUCCAACUUCCAGGAGUUCCUGGAGCUGACGCUGGGCACAGACCACGAGCAGCCGCUGCCCCCGCCCAGGGAGGUGGCUCAGAAGCUGAGGCGGGCGGCCAUGCAGGCUGUCCAGGGCUGGAACGAGAAGUUCGGCGAGGCCUACAAGAAGCUGGCCUUGGGCUACCACUUCCUGCGGCACAACAAGCAGGUUGAUUUUCAGGACGUCAGUGCUCGGACUUUGGCGGAAAGGAAGAGAGAGGAGGAGAAGCAGAGACGCCUGGAUGGGAUCUACAAGGAGCGGGCCAGGCGGGCUGAGAGGGAGAUGGAAGAAAUGUCCGGGGAAAUCCGGUCCUGCCUGACCGAAGUGGACAGCUGCUUCCGCCUGCUGGUGCCCUUUGACUUGGCCUCAAGCUUGGAAGGCCCAUGUCCUGCUUUGGGGGUGCCUGGAGAGACCGCCCCCCUCUCCUCGAGCCUGGGCUCAGCGGUCCCCGGGCCCCUGGACGAGGAACAGCCCUGCUGCAGCAAGUCACUGGCCGCUCUUCCCUGUGGCCCGAGAGCCAUCGGUGGUCCAGAGGGGCCGCCCCAGGCCGCCCCGGGGGACCUGUCUGAGGAUGACCAAGAGGAGUUCAUCCGGAGCCACGGGCUCGGUUCGCACAAGUACUCGCUGGACCUGGAGCUCUCAGGUAACAGCUUGCAAGUGCAGGAAGAUGAGGACAACAGUGCCGUGGUGCACAGUGCCCAGGACGCACUCAAGCUCAUCCAGAACAAGUUCCUGCCCUGUGUGUGCUCCUGGGUGCAGCUGUUCACGCGUGCCGGUAUCCAUGACCAGCGGCUGAAGCAGGCCAUUGACCUCAAGACGGAGCUGGAGGUGGCCAUGAGGAGGUACGAGGAGCUUCACAUCCAACCUCAGGAGGGUUGCACGAGGCCGGUGGCCGUCAUGGGGGACGGCAGCGAGGACGAGGAGGACGACUUUGUAGAGGUUCCAGAGAAGGAAGGUUACGAGCCCCACAUCCCUGACCAUCUGCGGGCAGAAUACGGACUGGACCCCGUAGCCCCUGUCCAGACCCUGAGGAAAGGCCUGCCGGGGGCAUCUGCGGCUCAUGGCUCGCGCCCAAGUGCGAGGAGGGACGAGGAGGCAUCGGACCCCACCUCUGCAGCCGCCCAGCUGCGACGCCUCCGAGACAAGUUGCCUCCGCCCCCACCCACCAGUUCCUCCAGGGCGGUGCUGGCACCCGACGAGGCCCAGAAGCUGGAAGCAGAGCGGUCCCGAGCGCCCGUGGUGCCAUUUGGAGUGGACCUGUGCUCCUGGGGCCAGGAGCAGACGAUGGCUGGGAAGGUUCUCAAAGCUGACUCUCAGCAUCGCUUCUGGAAGCCCAGCGAGGUGGACGAGGAGGUGGACAAUGCGGACGUCUCCGAGAUGCUGCGCAGCCGCCACAUCACCUUCGCGGGACGCUUCGAGCCGGUGCAGCACCGAUGCCGCGCCCUGCGGCCCGACGGGCGGCUCUGUGAGCGCCAGGACCGGCUCAAGUGUCCCUUCCAUGGGAAGAUUAUCCCUCGAGAUGACCGGGGGCAGCCGCUGGACCCAGAUGACAGAGCACGCGAGCAGAGGCAGCAGCUGCAGAAGCAGGCCGAGCGCCCAGACUGGCAGGACCCGGAGUUUAUGAGAGACGUUGAGGCCGCUACCAAGGUGGACCUGGGCUCUUCCCGGUACGACGGCAAGGGCAAGGGCAAGGGCAAGGGGAAGAAGAAGAAGUACCCCCACCUCACAGAUCUGAAGCAGCAGGCCGACACGGCGCGGGCGCGCAUCGGGAAGAAGGUCUUCGACAAGGCCUCCAUGCGGAGGGUCAUCACAGCCAUGAACCAGAUGGACCGGAGGAAGCAUGAAAAGUUUGCCAACCAGUUUAAUUAUGCGCUGAAUUAA